GUGCAGGAUACCGAUACAAUAGUGAUAGAAACUGGGACUAGUUUCUCGAAACAGUCAUAAGUCUAAGUUCGUAGACGUCCCAUAGGUGCGCGUGUAAAUUCUAUAACACACAUUUCAAAGGGAUGUCCAAGAAGUUAGACUUAUAACGGUUUCGAGAAACGGCCCCCAGCAAUCUCCGAUUAUUAGCCUCUGUGCUGUGUGGCUACUUCUCAGCGUUUUAAGUUUUAGUGAAUAACCAAGACACCUGAAAAGACUUGGACACAAGGACAUGAAGGAUGGCAUUUUAUUGCCUACAAGUAUCUCGGAGGAUCGCUCUAAGUAAGAUUAAAAUACAAUUUCCAUCGCGAUGCCUACAUCGGCAGUGGACAUGCGGCCAAGGCCGAGCAUCUCUCGAAAUGAAGUGCGGAUUCGUACACACCUGCACGCCGACAGUCUGGCGUGGAAGUGAUGUCGUGGUUAAGAAAAGGCCUGGGGAGCAGAUGCUUCAUGCUGGCUUUAUCAUCCCUGUUUGCCGAGCAUCAUCCUCGUCAAAAUUCAAAGACCAAGAGGGUAAUCGCAUAUCCAAGGCUUAUCUCGGUGACAAUCUUGGGAUCUCGGUACAGAAACAUGAUGGAAAUCGACUCAUCUAUGAAGUGCGGGGGCAGGCCAUGCUCCGAUUUGUGACGCUAUCGUUCUACGCCACAGCAGUAGUUGGACUGUACCUUGCUCCUGAUUUUAUCUCCAGCGCAUUAGAAAACGAUGUAAUUAACACAGAGGCAAUAGUCAACUUGUCAGCGGUUAGCUUCGCUGUGAUCGGACUUCCUGCAUUACUUCGCAUGCUGUCCAAGAGACUGGUCCUGAAACUUUACCACAACGAGGCCAGAGAGACGUACAUGGCUGUUACUCAGUCCCUCUUACUCACCAACAAAUUAACAACAUUUUCUCUUCAAGAUGUAGUGGUGACAGAGAACAGGAGCAUCCUGAGCCAAGCGUUUAACUUGACUACUUUCAAAGCAAAGAAAGAUCCUAUGCAUGUGAAUUCAUACAACUUCAAGCUUCCAAGUGACUAUAACCAUUUACUGGGAUUUGAUAAAGGCAUGACUGAGGUGUCUAUGAAAUGGAUGAAAUAAUCUGUUUUUGAGUUUGCCUUUAUAUGGAAGGGAUCGACACUACCAGGCGCCCGGGUUCGUAGAGUGUGCCAGAUUAUUAUGAGAUAGCAAACUACCACCUGAGAAACAUGUCUUGUAAGGAAGUAUCUUACGGACAGCGCAUGUAACUAUGCAGUGUGCUCUCUUGUUUUGAGCAUGCUUAAUGGUAUGGGAAUUCUCUGCUGGCAAAUAUGAAUAUUAUGUUUACUGCUUAAAGGCCAAGUUCACUCCAAAAAUAACUUACUCUCAAUAGAAGCAGAAAAAUCAGACAAACCAAUUCAAAAAAGGUUGAGCAAAAUCGGAUAUCUAAUGAGAAAGUUA